AUGUUAAGCAAACGAGAAGAUUUUCAAAGAGUGCUCAAUGGACGACAAGUCGAUUUCUUUGUGCUGCAAAAUUCGGAAAUGUCUGUUGGACUGACCAACUAUGGGUGUCGUUUAGUCAACAUCAUUGUCAAAGGCAAAGACGGUAAGCCAGUAGACGUCGAAAUUGGGUAUAAAACUCUCGAUGGGUACUUAUCGACAGACAAUUGCUUCGGAGCUAUCAUAGGGAGAUACGCCAAUCGUAUAUAUAAGGGGGACCUUAAAAUAGAUGGCAUAACGUACACAUUGCCUAUUAAUAAUGGAAUCAAUUGUCUUCAUGGAGGUGUUGGGUUUGACAAGAAGGUCUUCCAGGUAGUCGCCCAGAGCGAAAAUUCAAUACAGCUUGCAUUGACGGAUGAAGAUGGAAGCAAUGGGUUUCCUGGGACAGUCGAGGCUAAAGUGACUUACACUUUGACUGGCAAAACUCUUGAAAUGAAGUUUGAGGCGACAACUGAUAAGAAGACCGUGAUUAAUAUGGCCAACCACUCGUACUUGAAUAUGAAUGGAAGCGGUAAUAUAGACGGCCAUGUACUCCAAAUUCAGUCGGAUGAGUAUCUUCCAUUAACACCCGAAUUUGUCCCAACUGGUGAGUUUGUCAAGGUCGCAGAGGACAAGAUAUUCGACUUCAACGAAGAAAAAAAAAUAGGACAAGAUAUCCACAAGGAACAUGAACAACUCAAGUUGGCAUCGGGGUAUGACCACUGCUAUGUCCUCAAGAAACAGAAGUGCGGGGAAUGCGGGUUUGCGGCGAAGUUGGUUGGAGAUGUAUCUGGUAUCGUACUGAAGGUAUACACUACUCAACCCGGUGUACAGUUGUACACAGAUAACUUCAUGCCCGAGAAUUUCGAGAUCAGAACAGCAGUGUGUCUCGAGACGCAAAACUACCCAGACUCACCACACCACGAAGAGUUUCCAUCGGUAGUACUUGCACCCGGUGCGAAGUAUGAACACAAGUGCAUUUAUUCUUUUGAAUAA